UUUAUAUUCCACAGAAUGUGAAGCAUAAAUGGGACUGCGGUUGUGAGCAUAUACCUACGCUGUGUGGACGAUACACAAUUGCUUUAUUAUAUACUACCGUAGUAUUAUGUAAACUAUGCAUACCUGACGGUGAUAUGCACGCGUAGUCUUUGGUCGUCAGAACAGAUAAUUUUUGGAGUGCGCGUGUUGUGUUGAUACAGUCAUGAAGAGGACGUUAAAAAGAAUAAUCGUUAUAUUGUCUGUGUUGUGAAAACUUAAGUCUGCUCUUGUAAAUGUGCGAUUGUCUUGUAUUAGUGUCGUAGUGUAUCAAAAGUUACUAAAAAAAAGAAUAUGAUGAACAACCCGUAUGCGCGACCAACAGUGCAACCGCAUAUAGAAGACCUACCAUCUGACUGUGGAUUACAAUGGUUAGGAUUUUCUUUGUGUCGCUCUUGGAUAAGAUGUGCUACUGUUGGAAAAUUUUUACUUACCAUAAGUGUGUUCGUAUUUUUGCAAAUGGCAUCUCAGAAAUUUUUUUUGUCGACUUUAGAAUCUAAAAAUUAUAAUAUACCUAAAGAUAUUUCAAAUUGGUUGUGGCUUUUCAGUGGAAUUGUCCAUUUACUUUUAUCAACAUUUAUCGGUUACCGAGGAGGUAAACGCAAUAAAUGUAAAUGGAUUGCAUUUUUUGGAAUAUUACAAGGAGUUUUAGCAGUUUUACUUGCUAUAAUUAGUGCUUCUGAACAUUAUGAAAUGCAACGUCCAUCGGCUUUAGUUUUAGCAACAUCAGACACACCGCUUUGUGAUGAAAUUUUCAUUCCAAGAAAUAAAGAACAUUAUGUUCAAUUUCAUUGGGUCAAAAUCAUAGUCUUAUUUAUUCUUCAAGCCAGUAUGUCUCUUGGGAGUACUGCCUUAUUAGCACUUGGUUUAGGUUUGCUUGAUGAAUCAGUUUCUCCCACAAAAAGUCCUGCUUGUAUUGGAGUUGUUAUUGGAUCAUCUCUUAUGGGAUUUCAGGCGGGUUUAAUGAUUAGCAAGUAUGCCAUCCACGUAAGCGCUGUAUCUAAUCUUGCUGGAGAUAUUGCUUGGAUAUCUAUUGGUUUGUGUUUAAUCGUUGUAUCCAUUAUUAUUGCUUUAUUUCCAAGUAGAUUGAUUACUAGUAGAUCGGCAUCAUUGAUACGUAAUAGUUUAAUUUACAGAAACAAUAGAUAUGAUUUCAGAAGUACCCUUGGUAGAAUUUUUGAAAGCAAGUUGAUCAUGACUAAUAUAAUUGCUAUAGCAUGUGUUUAUACAGUGCUAAUAAAUACAAUUUAUGAAGAGCCAAAUUAUAUGGAAUCAGUAUUUUUUGUACAAAAACAUACAUUUGAUAUGACUGACCAAAACACUGUUAUUAUUGAUUUACUGAGAUAUCCUCUUGCGGCAUUAUGUAUUUUCUUAUCUGGAGUACUAAUAUGCGUAGCUCAACCUAGACCAACAUUACUGGCUGCCUGGAAUAUUGGAAUUAUAUGUGUAGUGACUAUUUUAGCAUUCUCUAGUAUGUUCUUACGCUGUUCUAAAAUACAAGUACACAAUCAAUUAGUUCACAAGCAAGUACUAAAUGAUCAUUGUAAUCGAGAUUGUAAUUGUCCCCAAAAUAUAGCAUUCGAUCCUGUAUGCUCGUCUAAUGGUCAUAUAGUGUAUUAUUCUCCAUGUCACGCAGGAUGCAGAACUCAAGAUUUGUACUCUAGACAAGAGUAUGUGAAUUGUAAAUGUAUGGGUACUGAAUCGGCGAGUAAAAGAGCCUGUUAUGAUCAGAACUGCCAACAGAUGAAUGUCGGUUAUCAAUCAAUAUCUGUUCUAAUAUUAUCACUUUUAGGAACAUGCAUUGUGGGUACUGUUAUUCUUCUUUUAAGGAGUACAGAACCAGAUGAUCGAACCACACUUUUGGGAUUUACCGUAACUAUUACCUGUUUAAUUGGUCAUGUACCUGGAAAAUUUAUUUAUAUUUGUGUGGCACGUUUAACUUGUAUUUUGUAUGAUGACAAUGAUCAAUGUCGUUUAAAUGGUUCUGCCACAUUCUCAACAUAUUUAAGUCUAUCAAAUAUUAGUAUACUCAUGACUGCUGCAGCACUUUAUUCGUGUGUUUGUUUACUAUCAAAGCACUUACAGCCAUAUGGAGGAAAUGACGCUAUGAAAAAAUCUAUUAUAAGUUCUGUGUCAAGCCCUUUAAGUCCAUUAACACCACCUGGAUUUGAGGGACGUGUUUCCAUUCCAACAAGAAAGCCGCCAAAGAGAAGACCUUCAGAUUUACAAUUUUCUGAGGACAACACAAAUAUUGAUUUUAUGAGACAUACUGAUGAUUACUCACCCAGAAGUCCUGGUACAACACUAAGGGAAGGUGGUGUUUUAACUACAUUAUUGUAAUUAAAAAUAAAUUAAAUUCCUAUUAGGUAUAUUUUAUUAAAACUGGGAAAGUUAAUACUGUUUUUAACUCGUUAAAGUUAAGUUAACUUUGUUAUGUUAAAAGUAUCUAAAAAAAAAUUAACUUUAUUUUUAUAUUGUUAUAAUACAUUUUAAUUUAAUACCUACGGUAUUAAGUUUAAAAAAGUAACUAGUUAAAUUAAAAGUUAAAUCCACCAAAAUUGUAAUAAGUUACCUAACUUAAUAAAAUUAACAUAACAUUUCAACUAAACUUUAGCGUGUUAAAGCCCAUUUUAUAAUUUAAGUGUAUAAUUACAAAGUAAAUCAAAUUGAGUGCCUUAUAAAAUAUUUAUACUACAAAUAAAUCAAAAUAUAAAACAGCCAUUUCUAAUUCUAGAAAAUUAUAAUCACUUAACUUUUUCUAUAUAAUGAAAAUA